UUGGUGGGGCGCAGAAUCGGGACUGUAGUGUCGAGCAUGCCCUGGUGAGCGGGCUUCUCUGGAGGAGCCCAGCGCGCUUCGGGCGCUUGCUGGUUUGGGGGUGUCUCUUCCUGGGGCGCCAUGGCGGCGCUGGCCAGUAGCCUGAUCCGGCAGAAGCGGGAGGUCCGCGAGCCCGGGGGCAGCCGGCCUGUGUCGGCGCAGCGACGCGUGUGUCCCCGCGGCACCAAGUCCCUUUGCCAGAAGCAGCUCCUCAUCUUGCUGUCCAAGGUGCAACUGUGCGGGGGGCUGCCCGCGCGGCCAGAUCGCGGCCCGGAGCCUCAGCUCAAAGGCAUCGUCACCAAACUGUUCUGCCGCCAGGGUUUCUACCUCCAGGCGAAUCCUGACGGGAGCAUCCAGGGCACCCCCGAGGACACCAGCUCUUUCACGCACUUCAACCUGAUCCCAGUGGGGCUCCGUGUGGUCACCAUCCAGAGUGCCAAGCUGGGUCACUACAUGGCCAUGAAUGCUGAGGGGCUGCUCUACAGCUCGCCACAUUUCACAGCUGAGUGUCGCUUUAAGGAGUGCGUCUUUGAGAAUUACUAUGUCCUGUACGCCUCUGCUCUCUAUCGCCAGUGCCGUUCUGGCCGGGCCUGGUACCUGGGCCUGGACAAGAAAGGUCGAGUCAUGAAGGGAAAUCGAGUCAAGAAGACCAAGGCAGCUGCCCACUUUGUGCCCAAGCUCCUGGAGGUGGCCAUGUACCGGGAGCCUUCUCUCCACAGUGUCCCUGAGACCUCCCCUUCCAGUCCCCUUGCCCCCUGAAAUGUAGUCCCUGGACUGGAGGCUCCCUGCGCUUGCACUGAGCCAGCCACCAUCACCUGCUCCUUGCCCUGCUCUCUCGCCUGCUGCCACACUUAUGCCCUGAGCAGCCAGGUCCCACCAGCUGCUCUACCCUGAGGGAGCCUAGGGGCUGGCUGUGACUUCUGGGGCUGCUGAGACCCUUAGAUCCUUGGACCCAGGAGGAGGUCAGAGAGGGAGAUAUCUGAAAAUGGUCCUGGCUGAUCACUUCUUUCCUUCCACACUCACACACCUCCAAAGCCUUUCCCCCAAAGGGCACUGGGGGUUCCAAAACUGACAGAACCAGGGCAUAAAUACUCUCCUCCGCAGGCUCAUCCAGUUCCUGGAGCCCUAUGGCCUUUUCAUUGCCACUGAACCGUAGAUUUAUAGGUCCACUGGAGCUCAGGAUUAGUUUCCUUAUUUCCCUACUCCGCCUUCUGCCUUGUUCUGGACAGGUUCUGGAACACCAGGCACCCCAGCCAGGGCCAUUUCUGCAUUAAGGCUCUGUGCUGGAACACAGGCAUGCUGCCAGGCUCUGUUCUGGACCCAUCAGGCUCUGUCCUUGACCCAGGUGGACCCAUGGUUUCCAAGUAGAAAGAGGCUGAUGUUGAGCCCUGUCCAGCUGUUGGCCUUGGCCUGACUGGGACCAGUCUCAGAUCACCACAGGUUUAACUUUCCUAUCCCAGAGACACCCAAUUCUAGAGCAUGGAGUUCUAGACACAUAUGGAGCCAUGUUUCUUUUUGAAUCUCAGCUUUAGGACAUAGACCCCGACUCUCAGCCUUUCCCUCCAGGAUGGAACUGGGGCCUGUAUAGCCAUAUUAUUGCUCUAGAGUUAAGUUCUAGACCCACCCUCCCACCUUCUCUAGUGAUACCUAUUAACAAUGAGCUCUGGAAAGAACCCAGUUAUGAUUUAUAAAGAAUUAACUUCUGCAUGAAUCAAGAAUCACUUCUUGUUUUCCUAGAUAAUUUUCUAAAAAUCGUAUUCUUCCUAUAGAGUGCUAACCUUAUUUUUACAUGCAGUUUCUAGCUCCUGAAAUUCAGCUGGGGUCCUGCCAGGGAAACAGAGUCUGAGGAAGGGCAGAGGAGUUUUGGAAGGAAUCUCUGGCUCGCAUUAGGGAAGCUAGGAUGGGAAAGGGGCCAAAACCAUGGCAUGACUGGACCUGUGCUUGGGUUUGGGGGACGUGAACACUUAGCUACCUCAGCAGGAAUUCCUUCCAGGUCCCCUUUAAAGCUGAGGGCUUUAGGGUAAUGAGUCUAGAAUAAAAAGGACAAAGUGGACAUAUCCUUGACUCCCCCCC